AUGCGUCUCACACUGCCACUCUUAGCAAGACCAAAGGCAGCAAAAUUAUCACCGCUCAACAAGCCAGAGACACUAGAGUCGUAUCUCUCGACCCUAAAAGCGACACAGCUCCGAUCGCUUGCCCGGGAGACGGGGAUUCCCAAUUCGGGUCGAAAGGAUGAGUUGCGUCAACGACUCAACGAUGUAUUUUUGACGAGUGUCUUUCUUGAUGAUGGCGCUAGUCGCCAUCAAGCUAGACCCAGAAAGAAAGAUGAAGGGAAAGGGUUGAGUGUGUUGAGCAUUGACAUGGGGAUCCAGAAUCUGGCGUUUGCGCAUUUGAUUGUGAGGGCGCCGGAGACGGUAUUAGAGACAAGAGAUGCAGAUAAAAAGCAGAAAGGAUUGGUGACGCUGAAUGCGUGGCAUCGCAUUGGCGUUCAAGAGCUCGGCGCUGGCUCUCCUGCUCCUGGUCCUGCGACUCAGGACGCAGACACAGAAGUUAAAUUAAAAUCUCUCCUCCCUCCCUCGGCAUUUCGCACAUUCACCUCUACUACCAAGAAUCAAGCACUCGAAGAGUUUGAUGCUAUUGAGGAAGAGCUCCCAACUAUGAAAAUAGCAGCAGCAAACAAAAACUUCGAGCCCGACACCCUCUCCCACAACGCAUUUGUGCUCCUCUCCUCUCUGCUACAGGCCUAUAAACCAACACACAUCCUCAUAGAACGCCAACGAUUCCGCUCAGGCGGGCAGUCCGCCGUGCUAGAAUGGAGUUUGAGGGUCGGCGUGUUUGAGGGGAUGUUGCAUGCUGUGCUGCGUACGAUGCGGGAGUUGGCCAGAGUCGAUAAAUCCCGGAGUUGUGAAGAGAAGGAUUUUCAGGUGCAUCCCAUUAGUCCGGCGAGGAUAAUGCAGUUUUGGGACGAGUCAAAGUCUUCGAUUGAAGGAGACGAUAGCAGCGAGAAGGGGAAAGGCCAGAGUCAGCGGGGGGUAAAAAAACAAAAGAUGGAUAUUGUGGGUCAUUUGCUCUCUGCUUCGAGUUCAUCGGAUCUCGGAAAGAGAGGUCUAUUAUGCUGGGAUGUCGAUAUCAAUACAACGGACACGGACAAGCAGAAUGUCAGUGAUGUGGUGGAUGCAUAUCUUGGACGAUGGAAUCCGCAACUUCUAAAAAUAAUUCCAAGCUCUACUACGUCCAAAGCAGUCAGGGAAAGCAAGUCGGAUGUCAACAAGAAAGCAUACAAAAUCGAGAAGAUGGAUGAUCUUGCGGAUUGUUUGUUGCAGGGGCUGACUUGGCUGGAGUGGCAGGCUAGAAGGGCAAGAAUCGUGCGUGGGGACAGACAGGUUGAUGUAUGA